AUGUCUUAUCGCAAAUCAUCAUUUAACAAUUCACCAAAUUAUAAUUUAGACUCUUCAUUUUCAUCCUCAAAUAUUUUAUCAACAUAUAAUCUUCCAGAACCAUCUACACGUUCUUUAUAUAAUAGAAGAGAAUCAAAAACAACUACUUUUAUUGAUUUUCCUUCAUUAAAACAACCAAUAAAUUUAUCAAAUGAAAAAGAACAUUUUCAACAACCAAUUAGAAAAAUAUCCUAUUUAUCUGAAGAAUAUAAUAAUAAUAAGAAAAAUUUAAAAAAUGUAUCAAAAGAACCUAUAAAUAAAGAUACAAAUUUUUUAUCAAAAAAUAAUUCUUAUCAAUUUUUAAAUAAAACAUUAAAUAAUAAUAUUGGACAAAGUAAAACAAAUUUAGAAAAUACUGUUGAUUCAAAUUUACAACAACAAUUUUUAAAAAGACUUUUAAAUGCUCAUAAUACAGUUGAUAAUUUGUUACGAGGUCGUGGUCUUCAUAUUGAAGAUGAAAGUAACUAUUUAAUGUCAAAAUUUAGCAGACAACAAGAAGCGGAAUCACCAUCAUAUAAUGAAACAAAUUCGGGACGACGUUUUAAUACAACAAAGUAUAAUUUUAUAACACAAAAAUAUAGUCAAUCUACUAUUAAUAAUACAAUAGAUUCCGAAUCAUCAAGUGCUUACUCAUCAAGUAGUAUAGAAAAUAAUUCUUUACAAGAAAAUGUUUCAGAAGCAGAUGAUACAUCUGUUGAUUCUUUGCUUCAUACAGAUAGUGAAGAAGAUUUACCUGAUGAAGAUAUUUCUGCCCACUCUUUUUUGGAAGUUAAUCUUUCAGAAUAUGUCCCUAACUUUAAAAAUAUCUUAGGUAAUAUCAUAAAAAUUUUUCCAAUAUGCAAAAAAGAAUAUGGUUUAUUUAAUAUUACAAGUAAACAAUUUAUAUUACAUAAUCCUUUCAAAUAUACAAAAGGAUUUUCAAAUAUAUUAUUACCACAAUAUCCUAAGUCUGCUGUAACAUUUAAAAUUACUUUAUCACAAAAAGAAAAAAAAUGUUUUAAAAAGAAUAAAAAUAUUGAGGAUGAAAAACCUAUAAUGGUUAAAAAAAAAUUAUUAAAAAUAAAGAGAAUGCCAAAAAUUGAAAUAGAUGAUGAAGAAGAUAUUUGUCAUUGUAAAGCUGAAAUAUCUAUACAACAUUUUAGUUAUUCAUAUAAAAAAUUAGAAAAUAUGGAAAACCAAGUUACAUCGCCUACUUAUUCACCACAAGAAAAGUUGAUUCGUUUACAUCUACGAUUAACAAAUCAUCCACCAUUAAAAGUUGACGUCAUCUCAACAUUUAUUCUUAAGAAGCAAACAAUUGCUAUAGAAAAAUGUAUAAAAAUAGUUAAAAAAAAGAAAGAUGAUAAAAAAGAAAUAAUUCAAAAUGAAAGAAAAUGUUUUACUCCAAAUUCAGUAAAUUUACAUAUGUUUGAUAAGAGUGGUAUUAAAGUAAAAAAAGAUUCAUUAACACCAAAGUUUAAUUUAAAAGUACCAGAAAUAUUUUUAAAAGAAGAAAAUAUGAAAACAACUAUUAAAAAUAAUAAUAUAGAUGAAAAAAGAAAACCACUUAAUGGAGUAAAUAUUUUUAAAAUGUUAGUAAAUAAACAAAAUCAAAAUAAUAUGACAAAAGAAGCUGAAAAUAACUAUAAAGAUGUUAAAUUAAAAUUAAAAAAAGUCAAUUUUCCUGAUUAUAUAAAUAGAAAUAAAGAAAAUUUUAAAAACAAAGAAAUUAAAAUUGUUAAAGAAAAUAAUGGAAAAUAUAAAACAGUCACAAAUUCAUUUAAUGGUAAUCAAAAAGAAAAUGAUCAACUUUUUUCUACUGAUACUGAUGAAAUUGAUAAAAAACUAAUAGAAAGAUAUUGUAAUACUAAUCAUAUACCAAAACCUAUUAGUAUUAUUAAAAAUUAUUCUUUACCAACAAUGCCUAAAAAUAAAAUUAAAAAGGAAGAUAUGUUAAUAGUUGAUAAUGAUAAAAAAAAUAAUAUUCCACAAUUUAUACGUUAUAAAAGUCCAAAAAGAUUUAUAUCUAAUGAAGAUAAAAAAAUUGAUAAUGAAUUUUUGAAAGAUUUACCAAAAAAUACAAUUAGAAGAAAUUCAGUUGUUCCAGAAAUUUCAAAUACUAUAAGUAAAGAAAAAAGAAAUUUUACUAGAAGCUAUAGUGAAUGUCCUAAAGUUACUAGAAAUGUUUAUUCACACAGUUUUCAUAAUUUUGGUGUUUCUCUUAAAAGUGUUAAAGAUAGAUUACUACAAACUAAACAAGAGCUUGAUAAUAAACCACAGAAAGAAAUAUUUAUUCCACAAUGGAGGAGAAAAUGUAAUAUUUCUAUAGCAAAUCAAGAAAAAAAAUAA